GCGCGUCGAACUCUUGGGACCUUGUCCCUGUUACCAAUGAACAACGGGGCGAGGCCGGAUGAUGUGCCAGCGCCCUUCCCCCACCCAUCACCCUCGACGAAAGCACGAGUGCCUUGCUCGUCGAACGGUACUGGUUCCCCGACACCCAAAACUGGCACGGUGCCUUGCGCAUCACGCUGCGCUGCCACAGAUGGCCUGCCAUCAACGACUGCGGGAAUCGUUUGACGAAGCGGCGCAGGUGAGACUGCCGCCGGACGAGGGGGGAGGGGAGCAAGUGGUGCACAUGGAGAUGGCUCCACUUACGAGGGGGCGGCGGUCGACGGGGGCGGCAGAACGGUGUCCUUGGGAAAACGAAGAGGUGGCCAUUGAAAAGAGGGAUGACCUGGAUGGAGACUCUGCAAGGCCUGCACGGCAGAAGCCAAAUGUGCAGGACACUUGGACAUAUCCUUUGACCAAAUCGCGUGCCACACCGCCGGAGUCGCCACGGGGCAUCUAUACCCCUCGCCACGAAAAAAGUGCAUUGCUGAAUAAACUCCAGGCUGUUCGGGAAAAGUUCCUUCAGAUGGACAGCGGGCGGAGCAAUUCCACGGUACUUGUGUCAUCGAGCAAAAAAGGCAUGCACAUAUCGAGAACCGGUAGAGCCAUGUCGGCAGUGACGGGGGAUCGCAACAGCAACUCGCUGUUGAGAUCUGAGGAGAAGGCUUUUUCGAAGAGGGAAUUGCAGAUACCACAUGAGUCGAAUCAACAGCAGGCCAGAGAUACCCUAGGGAUUGUGUCCGAAGGUGUGCCGCACGAAGGUGGGGCCGCUGAAUGUGCCCUUCAAGCGAGAGAAGCACCGGGAAACGCCCACCGUGAGAUGAAUAGUGGGCGACAGGCAGCUGAGGUGCCGUGGAGAGGAGCUGUGGUACACCCACAGGCGUACAGUGGAAAGUUCAGGAGAUUGUUGGAGUUGUGUUCGUCUUGGGUGAUCGGCCUCGCCGCGCGGUUGGUAGCGAGGGCGAAUCUAUCCACGUUUCCGGCCAUCCAGAAGUGGGUAAACUGGGUCGACAUCAAAGGAACGAUUGGCGUGACCAUGGGGCUCGUCUUUGCCUAUGCAGUGAGUAAAGAAUGGGAGAGCUUGUCCAGGUCAGCCCGUACAGCGAAGGUUAUGGUUGCUCAGUAUGUGAAGGAUGCAUGGGCUUUGGCAUUCCAUGUCAACCUCAAUCCUGUAGCAGUGACCCAUGCUCGUCCGCGCAGCAGGGCUUUGACCGCAAGGCGAUGAGGUCGGGAUGGACAACGUUGCGACAUUGUCUGGACGUGUGGGGGUGUUGUUGCUCUGAUGUAUCACUGAGUCACCCGGGAUUUCAAUUCUGUUUGCCUCUGCCAGAUAUCUGACACUGACAAUAUUUACGACGACUGUUCUCGAAAACCGCGCACGGCGACGAGAGCUGCAGCGCAUCGCCUGUGCACUGUAUAGCUCAAGUUGCUCUUGCCUGGUCGGGUUGCCCGCCUCGCCGCCAUGUCGUCAGUUUCUCAGUUUCGCUCUGUCUUCCUGUAUGGCGUCGUGCUGUUCGGCUUUGUCUGCCUGUCUUCCCACCCCUGUACCAAGGAUUAAUAAAAAAAUUCUAAUACUGAUACAGAGAAUCUGAGAAAGCUCAAUUAACCCGUCGUUGGCUCUGCUCUGUUGAAGGAAGGUGCAAAGUUUGGGAAAGAAUUGUCUGCUCUGUCGAAGGAAGAGCCGGAACUUGGCAAUGAGUCGUGUCAAAUAAUGCUGAAUUAUCUCAACAUUAUUUUGUACAAGUACAUGGUCUUCUAUGGGUAGUAUUGGUACAUGAUUUGGUGUGGGUACAUGAUUUUCCAACGGAAAGUUGGGAAACGUUGUUCAGAACUUGGGGUCCCAUGUCAAGGGGUGUAUGAGUACAUGGUUUUGUAUGGGGUGUAUGAGUACAUGAUUUUGUAUGGGUACAUGGUUUUGUAUGGGUCCACGAUUUUGUAUGGGUACAUGAUUUUCCAACAGAAAGUUGGGAAACGUUGUUCAGAGCUUGGGGUCCCAUUUAAAGUGGGUAGUAUUUAGUUGGCGCUUCGAUUUAUGCAUUUUGGGUUUGAAAUUUGGAAUAGAGAGGGGGGGGGGGGGGAGGAUCAGAAGGGCUUCAUUUAUAUGCAGACUCGUUCUCCUGGCGGGUAGAUGUUACAGACUGCUGCUGUGAAACGCUGUUCAGGAGUUGGGGGUCCCAUGUCAAGGGGGGGCACUACUUAGCUUAGUUGGGUCUCCAGUUUUAUGCGUUUUGGGUUUGGAAGUUGGAAUUAAUGGGGAGGGAAUCUGAAGGGGGCUUUGUGCACAAUCACGCUUUGGCUUUGAAUA